CAAGGCUACGCUAUCGCUAGAGUCAAUACUUGGCGCGAUUGUAGUCUAUAAAUAAUGUAAUGACACGUCAGUCUGGAAUUCCCAGCCAGUAUGCAAAGGCAAAGCCCGCCAAACAAAAUCACAUGAUUAUGGGUUUGCCCUAGACUUUUUGUUUCUUUGAGCAUUCUUUUAAGCACUGGUCAUGCAGCCAACGGUUCUGGGUUAGUAUCAAUCGCUACCCUUGUUUUGAGGUUUCGAUGGUCGAGGUUUUGCGAUGAUCAUGCAUGCAUACGUGAGCCGCAUGACCCCUGGAGGCAAAGUUGACAUCAUGGCGGCAACUUACACGGCACUUACAUGUAUUCUGUUAACAUCCUUGGGACUUAGUGUGGCAGCAGACAACAUAUGCCCAGCAAUUUCGGUGAACAAUAUUCGCAGUCCUUUUGGUGCAGUGAACUACGUUCAACAAGGUUUAUGGCACCAAAUUCCUUGCCCACCAUUUCGUUCUGGCGAGCCCAUUGAUCGGGUAGUUUGGUUCAAGCAGGAUAGUCCCACGACAACAUCCCGACUGAUCGGCUACAUAGAUAACACAGACUACCCAGAGAGCGACAGGUACGCUUUCGGGACGUCUGGUUUCAGCCUCGUUAUUAAAGACGUCCAGGAGAGUGAUGGAGGAGGGUACCUGUGUCAAGUCAUACCACGUGACACUACAGACAGAACUGGGGAAGUCGACAUCCAAGUUCUAAGCGAUACUUUUCCAGGAGGCAGUAGUCAGGCAUCUUCCACUGCUAGUUUCCAGCGAGGACGCAGACAGACGCUACCGUGUGAGUGCGCGUCACAGACACCAGACGUAGUGUAUUGGUCAACGGGAGAGGGCGGCACUACAGAUACACAGAUCAUAGCUGCUCGUUUCUCCGAUGGUGCUACCCUGCAGAUCCAACAUGGCGCCGAUUUCAACUUUGGUAGUGACGCUUCACUUACAGUCAACUCCCUGAAUGACGUACAAGAUACACAGAGAUUCUGGUGUCACGUGUUUAACUCAGAUGCUACUCUCAGAAAUUGCUUCACCGAUGUCCAGAUAUCAGAUGAUGUGGAAUCAACUAGUGAUGCACUGAAGGCCUCAGAAAGAUCUUUCUUCCUCCGAAGCGAAACACAGCAGAUGCUCCCUUGCCUGAGCUGGACACCUGGCGACACAGCUUGUGAGGUGGAGUGGAGUAAGCUCAACAACCCAGAUCGACAAGUCCUCAGUUACAACCUGUCGACUGGUGUCGUCGAUUCUAGUCCUGAAUUCGAUCUCGGCAGCAACUUUGGUUUAUUGAUUCAGUUUGUUGAUGAUGUCCAUGCUGGAGUGUAUCAAUGUGCUGUGGGAGAUGAAAGCCAGAUAGAUGUUGAAGUCCGAGUGAUAGGGGAUCGCUUUCCAUUGGACGGCGGUAGCGCAACAGAAGGUGACAGUGUUAGCUUUAAACCUGAAACUAGAUUUUCUCCUCAAUGUCCGGCUCUCUCCGACAUCUCAUUGACAUCCAGAGCAACUUUGUUCUGGUCCUUUGGCGACCCUGAUGCAGAGUCUACCACUGUGAUCGGCACACUGAAUCUACCAGAUGGUCCCAUAAAGAUGACUGAUCUGGGAAAGGACUGCCUUGGCAUAUCAAUGGAGGGUGCUCUGCUCCUUAAUAACUGCUCCCAAGAUGGUGACGUCACAUACUGGUGUCAUGUUUUCCCUGCGAAUGGCGAUCUGAUCAGAUCAUACGUGGAUGUGUUGAUAGAGGAUUCAAACGGUAUUCCUGAAACAGUAAGAAUCGUCGCCAUCGUCGCCAUCGUCGUUUCCGUGUCUUCCAUCGUCCUCGCUCUUGUGGGGCUUGUUCCCUGUAUCCUGAGACGUAAGCGGCGUCAACGAUCUUCGCAUUCUAGAGUAGACAAGGAGAGAGGUGGUUACAAACCGCUGGAUAAGCAAGAAUCCGUCCGGGAGUUGGAUUUGAAGACGCUUGCCCAGAAGAUCAAAGCGUUUGUGAUCAGCAAAAUGGGCAGAAAUCCAAUCACACCGUGGGUCGACGGGGACGCUGCUUCCUUUAUACCAAUAGAUACAGUCUACAGACCCUUAGAGAUGUUCGCCAAUGUUUCUCACGGAGGAAGUACUGUAAAGUAUAAAUUAGACUCAGAGUCUGGUAUCUUUGAUGAUGGUAUUCCAGAAUUGGCCAGUAAGCAUGCUAUAAUACAAGGCAGAUGGGGUUGUGGUAAGACUACGUUUUUGCACAGACUGAUAUACGACUGGGCCCAAGGAAGGGAACGUGCACUAUGGGGUUUUGAUCAGAUAGUUGUUCUUGUCCCAGCUUGGUUGCUUAUUAAAUCUGAAACCAUCGGUGAAGCAGUCGUUGAAUGCAUGAUUCCAAAAGACGCAAAGAUUUCGGCCAAAUCCAUUAAUGCAUACUGCGCACGAAACAAAAGCAAUCUGACAAUUUUGGUAGAUGACUGUAAUGACCAUCACGAUAUUGACGCUGUCAUGAAAGUAAUGACAGACAAUGAAUUUGUUGGCUGUCAGUUAGUUUUGACCACUAGAAACGAAGACCUGGCAAAAGCUGCGUCACGAAACUAUAACAUGCGCCAUGUCACCAUCACCGGCUUUACGCUCAGUAAUGCUAUUGAAUACAUCAAUGUAGUUUUGGAUACUGCUGAAGAAAGAAAGCAAGCUACCCCUGAGCACAAGGCAGUCAAGAGUAAAGCUAAGCCACAAUCAGGUUCGACUGCUGACACAAACACUAAGCAGAAUCUGCCCAAGGCAAAAGAGGCUCCAACGGUGUCAGCUCCUCGGGAAACACAGGAAAGCACUGCCACAGACACAUUUCCUGAGGAGACGGAGCCACCCAAAACACCUACAAAAAAUAAGAAACGAAAUCUUCAUCGAUAUCUAGGAGAGGACAUUCUUCAACCGGAUAUUUCAUGUCUCCCAGCUGUCUUGGCGGCUCUCUGUCAGAUGUCAAUCUGGACAAAAGGAGAUGCUUUCAAACCCGACGUUACCAUGGCAAAUUUGUUUUUCAGAUUGGUCAAGUGCAUGUUCGACAUGAAGAAAGGUCUGGAAGUAGCUGUCACUGAGGGAAACCAACACAGUCUGCUCACGGAAAACCAACUGGACGUACUGGCAGAGCUUGGUAGAGGGGCUUAUGCAGACUACUUGAAAGAGGACUUCUUGAAUUCGUCAGAGAAGGGAGAGCACGCCUUAGAAGUUGCAAAAGAAGUUGGACUUAUUCGUCCAUUGCAGGUUGAGUCCAAGGUUGAAUCUACGGAACAAAUUACCGAGGCAGUUUCUUCAGAGGUAUCAGAAGUGGAGAUACGGACAGGGUGUCUUUGUUGUAAGCGGAAGCAAAAGCGACACAAUGGGACUGAACAAGAAACCAUGCGUAAGGAUACAGAACUCACUCCCCUGACAAGUCCUAAGGACGAAAGGGUUUGUUUUGUCUUGGAGAUUCUUGAGCAGCUUUGCGUCGGCGUAUUCUUACCUCAGAUCACAGGAAAAGUAAAAAAAUGGGUCGAAGACAUAACAGAGAUUGACCACAGGAAUAUUCUGCAGAGGUUUUCCCAUGUAUUCCAGUUUGCCAUCCAAGCUAAUCAGUUUAAUUGGGAAGUUCUUUUUAAUUGUUGUGCGAAGAUCAUCAACAGGGGACACAGUCAGGUCAGACACCCCCACGACGUGCUACAUUUACAGAAGUUUAUAGAGUUGUGUCUCCAGCUGAAUUUCGAGGGGCAGUGUGAGGGCGCCUUGAAUAAGAAGCUGCAAUCGAUCUUUCCUGACGAGAGGGUCCGCUUAAUUGGAAUAUCGGGUUACAAACUGCGUCUGUUGUUGUACCUACUCGAACAUGCUCAGCCAGACGAUAAGAGCAAGCUGAAUGUGAAGUCGGUUGAAUUGCUUCGAAUUGGUCGAUAUGACUGGUCAGAGCUUCAAUUAUACAUUGAAUAUUUUAUUUCCGGAAAAAAGAGACCGGAAAAGAAGACUGCAGUGCAAACAAAAACCGAAGACAGUCAGACAACUACAACUGUAAUCCACAAGGGAACAGUCAGAGCAUCACAGGAGGAAACAAAAAAACUCCCGGAACAUCCAUUUGUAAAUCAUUUACCAGAAUCUGAAGAUGACAUUAAAGCACAGGAUGCGGUUAAAUCCAGCAAAAGUGAGCUUCAACCCAAAGUGGGCGCCUCACCAACUGGUAAUGAAGAUGAACUUAUAGACUCGUCAGUAGAUGAAGAUAUUGCAUCCUUUGAUGUAAUUGAUAGUAACCAGGAUCUGGCUGUACCAGAAAAGCUGCGUGAGAGAGUAGAAUCCAGCAACCAAGACAUGCCUCAGUUUCCUCGUGACGAGUCAGACAUCAGUGUCCUUCAUACUGUGCAGUCUUUUUGUCUACAGGAGCUCUUAGAGUCACAGGCAGGGGAGUGCUACUCAUCGGGUGCAGCAAGAGACCUGGCUCGCUACCUUCCUCGUCUGGAAAUGCUGGAGAGUCUGGUUCUGGUUGGGACGAUUCUGAGUUCAGACGCUAUUUGCGACUUGGCGAAAAGAGCUCACCAACUCCCAAACUUGAAAAAGCUGGAUCUUCGUCUAAAUAAGCAGUUCGAUGACAGAGCCUUGGUGGCGGUAACAAAUUUACUGCUACGUCAGUGCAGAAAACUGUCAGAUCUCAGACUGUCUCUGUACGAAGUAAAAGGGUUUGAUGAAGUUCAGAAGAAUAUGACGGGUGGGAAGUUCCCGUGGGGAAGAUUAAAGACACUGUAUCUGCUGCAUGGAUCACCUGCUGAGAGGUUUGUAGGAUUCCUCAGCAACAACGUAAAAUACUUCCACUUUGUUGAAUGUUUUCAUGUCUCAGCCACUGAAAAAAGUGAAAAAAUACAUGACAACAUUCAGGGGGAGUUCGAACAAAAUAUGACAAAUCCGAACAUCAUGCCACAUCUUGAAGACCUCGAAAUCGGCAACAUGGAGACACUGAAGGCAAGACUGACGUCCUUGAAACUCCCUAAGAAGAAGAAGGGAUCCGUCAUCUCAAAUGUGUUUGGGACAACCGUCACUGACCCGGGGAAUAAGACAACAAGCGAGAGUGCAGAGCCAGUAGCAGACACGCUAGGUGGUGCAGCGGGUAUCGGCGUGGGAGCUGCGGUGUGUGCCGGAGCCACGGCUGCAAUGCCGAUGCCGGAAGAUAACAAUCACUUUAGUAGGCCUACAUGAAUGUUCAAGUGAAUUCUUGGACGGUGAUGAAGAUUUUGAAGAUUGCAUGGCACUCUUGCCUUAAUAAUCGGUGUCACGAACGGGAAUAUUCACAGGAUCAAAAUAUCCGUAUUCUGGGAGCAUAUAUACAUCCACAUGAGAUUUCGUUGAAGUGUAAGGACAUAAUGGCACGAAUUAAUGUUAUAAUUUCACACUAAAAAAGAUCACAUAAAAAACUGAUCAUUUCAAAGAUAUUUCAUAAGAAUACGUUAAGAAGUUGAUUUACCAAUUAUGUAAUCUAUGAGCACUGAUUUGCCAUUUGGAUGCCUUUUCUUAAUGUAGCUUGAAGGUUUCCAAUGUACACAAAUUUUAGAACUAAAGAAUAAUUGGAGUAAAAAUAAAUAGAAACAUAGAAAUCGUAAGAUAAAUUACAAAACCAUUAAUGUAACCUAUCAGCACUAUUUUUUUAAAAAUUAACUUAGCUGGAAGGUUUGCAAGGUCAAACAUUCUGAGGACUUAUCAAUAAACAAUAAACAGUAAACAUCUUAAGGUACAUUACAAAUUGACAGCAUUAUAGCCUCGUCCAAGUCCAUGUAAAUAUUUUGAAGUCUUAAACAUUUCGCUCUUUCGGAUGCUUUAAUACUGGACCUUUUGAUUUUUUUAAUGGACUUGCAGUGCUUGAAUUAAAAAUAAAAUGCUCUUCUGACUCGUACAACUAAUAUUUUCUUGGAUUCGUUAAUCCUUAGAUUGAAAUGUUCAGCCUUAAUUAUAUUUGAUUACAUCUACAGUUAAAUAAUAAAAUAUUCAAUGUGUAUUUUAAGUUAUCUUUUAAUUGCUUAUAUAUGUGGAGAUUGUCCAUUAUUGGAGCAAACGAAAAUUUGUCAAUGUUUACAAACUAAAUCAAAUUUCAAUUUCAAAAUAUAAUUUCAGUUACAAGCAGCUGCCGACUCAAAGUUGAAGUUCUUAAACGCAUUACAGUGUUUAUACAAUGUUUCAAAAACGUUUAUUAUUAUGUUUAAAAGUUAAAGACUAGUUUUAGAGUAUUCUCAUUGUAUCAAUUACAACACUCGGCACUCUAUGAUUACGAAACUAAACGUUCGUUGAUUGCUGAAAAAAAACACUAAACUACCUAUGUGGAUGUAGCAUGUAUUUAGCAGUAAAGAUGUGUACAGAGGAUCUUAGAAAAUAGAGCCUUAGACGAUAGAGUAAUGCUUGAAUAAUGGACAAUAAUGGUAUGUAAAUAAGCAAAACAAAAGAUGGUUUAUCCAUAAUUUCCCCGGUGUUCCGAUUUUGUGAAUGCCAAACGGCAUACAGCUGCGUAAGAGGAAUUUGGCAAAUAAUGAGUUAAUUGUUUACUGCUUCAAGUGAAUCGUUUCUUGUGUUUUUCUUUUUUGUUAUACAAAUGUUGAUGAGUACACUGGAAUGUUUUUUUGAAAACUGAAAUAAGAUGUUCGAAAUUUAUUAUUUCCCCACGGUAAUCAAGUAUAUUGUCAUUGAGUAUUACGUAAUGAAAUAUCUUUGUAAACGACUUCUUUUUAAGAUGCAAUAAUAAGAAGUUAAUUUUUAUGUGAAGAUUAAUUAAGGGAUUUUUGAUUUGUAUUUUUCAUUUGGAUAAUUUUACUUUCGUUUUGUUGCUUUAUUAUUGUUUGACUACGCCUUUACGUGCGGUUGGUUUGUCGUUACGUCUUGAAAAUACAGUUUAACUGCCACAUUUAUUUCUUAAAAUCGUUUCUUGCUUUUCCUUUAAACGUUCGUAAUGUUAACUUUUUAUCGGAAUAAUCAAAGUUCUCCGAUUUCGAAUCAGUCACAGUUUGGUACGAGUCAUUUUCUAGAUGUCAUAAUAAGUAAUAGGCUUGAAAGCUAUAUUCAAUUGUUUACAUUACACUUUUAUCAAACAAUAGUUCUCUAAAAAAAAAUAAUGUAGUGCAUUUUUGAAAUGAGAUAUUUUACGUGUUGGGUUUCAAAAUUAGAUCAAGUAUUUGUCUGGAAUUUCUAAUAUAAACGGUGUAAAAAGUCUACGAUGUCAUUAUCCCAAUUUUGAGGUUUAACAAAGAAAC